UUCAAUUUUAUUUGGUAGUGCUCGAAAUUCUUACAAAUCGAUAUUACAUGAUUUAAGAGCUAUUAAAAAUUUUAUUUUAUAUUUAUGAAUAAAAAAAAGUACUUUUAGAUUAUCAAUGGCAGAAGCGACAAAUCCAACUCAAGUAGAACCAUCAGAAAAUAAUAUAAGUGAAAAUGAAGAACCAAAUGAAGUGGCUUGUAAUCCCUCAGUGGAUGUCACCGAACUUGAAGGAGACGAUCUAGAAAAAAUGAAAGGUGACGCAAUUGGUGACACUUUAUACAGUGAAAGAUUUGUUUUGAAUACAUUACUAAAAUUGACAAAAUUAGACAAAGAUUUAAGUGAAAAUGAAGAAUUUGAAAAAGAUCUUUGUAAUCUAUGGGAUAUGACAAUUGAAGCAGAUGUUGUAAAGCUUCUAUUACAACAUAAUGUUUUGGAAGUAUUUUCAAGUAUUAUUCUAACUACAGAUGACAGACGAUUAACAGAAAUUUUGGUAGGAAUGGCAGCAAAUAUGUGUAACGUAUCAGAUACAAGGCAACAACUUUGUAAUAAUGCAGAGAUACUUGGUCCCAUUAUAGACUUGAUAUCAUGUUCUGAUACUUUAACCUUAAUUCAGUUAAUGAGAUUAUUACAUGCUUCCUUAGUGUUUGAAAAUUCUGGAGACGAAAUUGUGUGGUUUCAACAUUUUAAGAAUGCCGAAGAUUUUGUAGAACAUUUCGCUUUUAUAUUAAAAAAUUCAAUUAAUAAAUCAUUAUUAAUUCAUGCAUUGGAAGCUCUCAAUUCAAUAUGCGCAAAGUUUGCAGUUAUUGAAAUUCAGCCGGACGUGAGAGAUUUAAGAUUUUGUGAUGUUUUCGUCAAACCUAACCUUGUUUCUGGAGUUAUUGAAGCUUUUAAAACAUUAAUACCAAAAGAAAACGGAACAGAAAAUAGAAAAAAUGAAAAUAAUGAAGUAUUACCUCCAUCACAAAAUACUAAGAAAAUUAUGAGCUUAUUUUUAGAUUUAAAUGUCAUAUUGUCCCAGUACGAUGAAGUUUCACGAGAAUGUUACAAUUCAAGCAUAUCUGACUUAAUAAUAUGUGUAUCACAAAUUUUAGCCCCUUUGUGUUCGGCAAUUAAUUUACUACCAUUAACUUAUAAUGAACAAGGAAUCAUUGAAAAUUUAAAUGAAAUAUUUUUAGCAGUUGGAGAUCCUUUUGACGAAAAUAUUUUCAUUCAAAUGACAUCAAUUUGGGAUCUAAUAGAGCUCGAUCAAUCUAAUAAACAUUCAAAUGACGAUGAAUGGGGUGGCGAUAAUGAUAGUGAGGAAGAAAUUAAUGCUGAAGAUAUGUGUAUGACUAUUCUAGAAUUUUUAACUAGAACGGUUAAAAAUGCUACAGACACUCAAACACAAAAAGCAAUUAAAUUACAAAAAUCUGAAACAAUACAAAAAUUAUUAGAUGCAUUGAGCAAUGGUCAAUCUGAAGACGAUAUAAAGGAAUGCUUCGAAAAAAUAAAAAUGAGUUUUGAAUUGAUUAAGGAAGAGCAAUUACAAGUUUGUAAUGGCAAUAUUGACAAAAAAAUUGAGGAAAAAAGAUAAUAUGGGUGUUUAAGUUUACAGUUUUACUUUUUUAAAUAAAAUUCAGCUCAACGAUGACUUUUUUAAUUAAAUGAAGAAUGAAGAAUAUAUUUUUGCUUGCUGUGAAUGAAAGAUUUGAUGUGAAAUUUUUACUUAAAACUUCUAUGAUUGAAAAUAUGCUAAUCUUAAUGUUUUUUCUUAUAAUAGGCAAAUUAAUUUUGAAUAAACCCUUUAUAUGAUUUA